AUGAAUAAAGAAGUGUGUGAAAAGUUUAAGAGUAUAUGGGACUUUUUUUCCGAUACAUUGGAUGAAGGAGAAUAUAAAUUUAAAGAAAAAAAUUUCUUAGAUAGUUAUUGUAAUAAUUAUAAAUGUGAAGGUGAUCUCGAUAAAAUUAAUGCCGGAUUUUAUUUUUUGCUUAAUCAAUUCUUUUGGAGUUCUGAGUCAUCGUAUAAUGUGCAAAAUAAUAUAAAUGUUGUUGAUUAUAUUAUUAUAUGGUUAAGUUAUAUGUUAAACCUAAAGAGUACUCAAGAUGAUACCAUUACCAAUCUAAAUAAUUUUUAUAAAGUAUAUAUAGAAAAUCACCAAAGGUAUAAAAGUUUCAUUGAGGUUAUAAAUAAAAAAAAAAAAUUGAUGAAUAUUUCUAAUGAUAAAGUGUCUAAACUUUAUAAUUUAUUUAAAAUUUUAUGUGAAAUGUAUACUAAAAUUGAUGAAAACAAGAAAAAAUGCAAUAACUAUUUGAACGAUAAUAAUGAAUUUCUUGAUGAAUAUCGAAAACUCCUUACUGAUAGUGAUACUGAUAAUGGAAAUAGUUACUAUAAUCAAAUAUUGUCUACUUUAUCAACUAAUUAUGAUAAAUUAAAAAACGAAUGUAAAAAGAUUUCUUCCUCUCAACCGAAAGAAGCAGAACAAAUUCUUGCACAAAGUUCUGAAGAUACAUCAUCAAGUUCGUCGAUAGGAAACAAAUUAAUUUCAGUUUUAUCAAUAUUUGGUGCAAUAGGAUUUCUUUUGGGAAUUUCUUAUAAGUAUUCGCUAUUUGGAUUUCGGAAGCGAGCUCAAAAACAAUAUAUAAGAGAAAAAAUAAAAAAUAUAAAGAAGAAAAUAAAUCAUUAA